AUUGCUGUGGUGGCGGUGGUUCUGUUGGCUGCCGCGGCGAGAGACCCGUGGAGCGGGUCGGUCUGCCUCGCUCGGACGCUGUUUCACAAAGCCGCCGGGGGCUCUUGUCGACCGGACGGCGUUGUUUUCGCCGCGUCUGGGUUUGCAUUCUUUUGUCCCGUGUGGCCGAAAACGCCGCGGUUUUCCCGGGCUUUCCGCGCAGCAGCAGCAGCGUCCAUCUCCUGUUAGCCAUCUUUGUUUCGGCUAGCCCGACUCCUGCUUGGAAUUAUAGGCGACUCUUAGCGUGCUACAUCUACUUCCCCCUGGCCUAAAAGGUCGGUACGCGGACGUCCAGUGGUUACUUUGGGCCCCCCGUGCUAGAGCGCGGCGCAGCCAGGGAAAAAAAACAACACCAUAUAACCCCGAUUCCUCCUUUGGUCCUCAUCCGGCAGAAAAACGGAGGCCGUGGGGCUGGAGUGUGUUCUUAUGGCCGAGUCAGAGACUGAAUGUGACACGCCAGGGCUCGACACACUUGGGUCGGAGUGUGUCAUAGCCCACAGCCAUGUCGACCUUCACUACGGCGCCGAGACGGAGAUCAUGACGGAGGAGAAGCGCGGCCUGGAGCUGGAGAUCCACGGCUCCGACCUGAAGAUCCAGGGGCUCGGGGGGGAGCUGGGCGCCGUGGCGUGCGUGGACGCCAUCGUCGCCGAGACGGACCACGACUACAUCAAGGUGGAGCACGCGGACAUGCACUGCUUCACGGCGGCGGAGAUCAAGACGGAGGCGGGCGAGACGCUGCUGGGCGAGGUGCUGCUGAAGACGGAGGGCGAGCACAUGGUGAAGAUGGAGUCGGACCACGGCGGGGAGCUGACGGUGGAGUCGGAGAACGGCGUCAUCAUCCACGAAGCCCACGGCCUGCAGUGCAACGAGUGCGGCGAGAUCUUCGGCAGCAUAGCCGACCUCCACCAACACUUCGAGAUCCACAAGGACCUCAACCCGUACAUCUGCAUCCACUGCGGGGAGAGCUUCGCCGUGGAGGCCAGCCUCAAGCAGCACAUGAAGAUCCACAUGAAAGAGAAGCCGUACGUCCCGCCGGGCGUCGACCUCAUCGGCAAAGAUGUCAUCGACGCCUACAGCCUUAAGUCCCACCAGAUGAUCCACCUGCCGGACAAGCCCCACCGGUGCACGGAGUGCGGCAAGAGCUUCGCCGCCGCCAUAACCCUGAGAGAACACAUGAAGAUGCACUCCGAGGACAAGCCGUACAAGUGCACGCAGUGCCGCAAGAGCUUCGUGCGCAGGCGGCACCUGAAGAAGCACCAGGAGGUCCACGCGCGCGAGAAGCCGUACACCUGCGGCCAGUGCGGCAAAGGCUUCGCCACCACGUCCAACCUGAAGCAGCACCAGAAGACCCACGCCGUGGUGGUGAUCGGCGACAAGCCGCACCGCUGCGCCCAGUGCGGGAAGUGCUUCGCGGCGGCGGCGACGCUGCGGGAGCACCAGCGCAUCCACUCGAGCGAGAAGCCCUACAAGUGCAACAUGUGCCGGAAGAGCUUCGUGCGCAAGCGGCACCUGAAGAAGCACCAGCAGGUCCACGCCGGGGGCAAGCCCUACACCUGCCGGCACUGCAACAAGGGCUUCAACCACUCCUCGUCGCUGUCGCGCCACAACAAGACCCACCUGCAGAACCCCGUGUUCUCGCCGCCGCAGCCCGGCAAGCCCAUCGUCUUCGUGUCGCCGCCGAAGCAGAGGGUGCUGCAGGAGGGCGAGAAGCCGUACAUGUGCCAGCACUGCGACAAGGGCUUCAACCAUUCCUCCUCCCUGUCGCGGCACCAAAGAGUCCACUCGGACGGCAAAACUUACACCUGCGGCCACUGCGGCAAGAAGUUCAAUCACUCCUCCUCGCUGGCGCGGCACCAGCGGAUCCACCUGGAGAAGCACACGGCGCUGUCGUCGCCGGUGCAGCUGCAGGCGCAGCAGCUGCAGGCGCAGCCGCAGUCCCCGCCGACGGCGCAGCCGCAGCAGUACACCGCCGUGCCCGUCGGCAAGGUGUUCGCCAACAACGCCUUCCCCAAGCAGCUCAUCCUGUCGGUGGAAAAGCCGUACAGGUGCUCCCACUGCGGAAAGGGCUUUAACCAUUCUUCCUCUCUCUCCAGGCAUCAUAGGAUCCAUGUAGAUCACAGACCAGUUCCCCACCCUUAGUCACACUCAGCCCUCCUUAUCCACCCCUUUUUUUUUUUUUUUUCAUUAGCUUCUGUUCUCCCAGACCCUCAGCGCCACAGAAAACGGCCGGCCCCGCUCCCGCAGACGGAGCGGCCACGUCAGCUCGCUGGCUCAGAAUGAAUUGACAAUAAUGCACAUUUAUUCAAAGGACGGGGACUCGGAGCUAAAGCCGAGGCUUUGUUCGCAGCUUCAAGAGUGUGCUGUGAAGGAAUUUCUCGUGAUUCUGCUUCACUCGCUGCAGGACGCCCAGAACUUUUUAAAAGAAGAGAAAAAACACAAAUGUUUUGAAAAUAAAGUGGUGGCUUUUGGGUAAAUGUGCUUCACACUUUUCAUCCUUUCGUUUAUGUAUCUAGACGUGCACAUUUGCUUUUCAGCUGCGGCCCUCGGAAGCAUCAAACACAACUGAACAAGAACUCAUGGCCUCCAUUUGAAAUUUUAUACUGUUUUUUUUUUCCUCCGCUAACUCACAUGAAGCAAAUAUCAAAUUCAAUGUAGAUACUUCUUGAUUUUCUUUUAUAUAUAUAUAUGUAUAGGUAACUAGUGUGCCGUUCCAGAAGAUCCAUUUUUUUGUUGGCAAAACUCAUCCUUGUCUCACGUUUUCUUUUCUGACUUGAUUUGUUUUAAGUAUUGGAUAUAUAUAUAUAUAUAUACAGAGAGAGAGAGAGAGAAAAGAGGAAAAAAAAUGCCAUCUUGUAUAUUUAUGAGAUCGGAUUUUUGUACGUCUCUGGUGGUAUGGCACGGUUUCACGAAAUGUACAGAGAGCAAUACCGGCUCGCACCAGAGUCUUUUUUUCUGACAUGCAAUUUAGCCAUGAGGAGAAUAAAAACCUGGGUAGCAUAUUGCAACAUGACCCGUGUCCUAAUUAUUUACCGCGCGGUUUUCAACUACACCUAAGAUCCAAAUGUGCAUUGAUGCUUUGGAAGCUAAUUACCUGUGUAUAGAGUUCUAGGGGUAACGCAUAUUCUUGUUGACCUGCAAACUUUCAUUGUUUGAUCCAAGACAAAAAAAAAAAAGAAAAAGUUGUGUAUACUAAAACAUGAGAAUCUCAUUUUACAAGAUUUUUCUGAAGUCCAAUGGAUUGCGCUCUAUUUACUGUUCUGUGUAAAAUAUCUUUUACAAACUGACGUAUUUUUUUAGAUAUGGCUUGGGUUAUAUGAAAGCGACUGAGAGACAGCAUUUUAUGAGAGUUGAACAUUUUGGUGAGCAAUAUCUUUUUUUUUUUUUAUUUUUUUUUCUCCUUUUGGAUAACAGUUGUCACUGUAGCAUAGUCCUUUUCCUUGUGUUAGUUAGGUGCCUUAUUGCAUGCAAUGUAGAAAUGUAUGCUGAGCUGUUAUUUGAAAAGUUAGGGUUUUCAGGACUUUUUUUUUUUUUUAGUUCAUAUUAACUUGCCCUACAUUUUUAAUUUGUCACUUUUUUUUCUUUUUUUUUUUGGCUUUCAUGUAUAUUGCAAUGUUACACUGUUACAACUGUGUUUUACCCCCUCUUGAUUUUUAUUUUUUUUUUUGUCAAUGGCCUCGUAGAGAAAUGGUGUAAAACAUCCAUAUAAACUAUUCUUAAGGGCAAACCCUGUAUCACAUCUUCCCCAUCUGAGUGGCACAUAUAUGGAUAAAUAAAGGUUGUUGACUCUC